AUGAUAUGGCGGGGCGCACUGGUGGUUGAUUCUUGUACAGUGAAUGACCUGGGGGUGUCAGCUGCUUGGAUGCACAUGGAAUUCCAGUUGAGUGUGAUACAUCCUAUGCUCCAGGUGGGGCAGCUGCUGCACAGUACACUUAACAUUGGUUCAAAUCAAGCAUUGGCAGAGCAGGUCGUGGUCCGUUUGGUGGCGACUCAUCGCAGGCGCAGGAUGCCUUUCGAAAUUUGUGGCCCUAUCCAAAUGCUGCUGGUUUGGGUGGUAAGCUUAGCCCACGAAUAUGUGAUUAUGAGCAUGACAGCAGUUCUCAAAGUGGACAGAAAUCCAUACCUAAUUCACAGUGGAAGUUUGUGCCAACAGGCCCUGGUGAGGUGCACCAGCUAUGAAAUGUUGGUUUUGCUGCUCUGGUGGCUGCAUGUACGAUUUGACAUGCCCAGUCGCUGGUGUUGUUGGUGGCACAACCUUUGCAGCUUUACAACCAUCCAAUUUGUUGUUGAUGUUGCGCCUGGGUUGUGA